AUGAUGCCCAUCGUAGCUACGGCUACAGGCGGCGGUCUCGGCUACAAGCAGCAGCAGCAGAAACAGCAGCAGCAGCAACGAGUUAGCAGCAGCUUCAGCAGCAGCAGCUUACGCAUUCGCGUUAUAUGUGCUGCUGUUGCUGCUGCUGCUGCUGCUGCUGCUGCUGCUGCUGCUGCUGCUGCUGCUGCUGCUGCUGCUGCUGCUGGUGUUUCAGGCUGCUCUCUGUAUCAGCGGCUGGAGAAGGUUUGUAUGAGUCUAGAAGAGGUGGCGCAGGCAGAGCCGCAGCUGAUGCUGCUGGAGGGUGGGGGGGAGACGAGGCUAGCAACGAAGAUGCAUCUCGAUUACUUUGACCUGCUGCCUGCUGCUGCUGCUGCUGCUGCUGCUGCUGCUGCUCGGGGUCCUGCUGCUGCAGCUGGGGGGGUGAUGUCUGCUCCGCCUCCUGCUGCUGCUGCGGCUGCUGCUGCUGCUGCGCGCGCAAACGAAACGCAGCAGCAACAGCAGCAGCAGCAGCAGCAGCAACAGCAGCAGCAGGCAGCAGCAGCAGAAGUGACUGUUUUGUUUUUGCAGGUUUCUUCUAUGAUGGCGACUAUGGGUGGACCUGAGCGGCAGCAAACAGCUGAGGAACAAAACCAGAGGCAGUUGCUGCUGAUGCUGCUGAUGCAGUUGCAGCAGAUGCAGCAGCAGCAGCAGCAGCAGCGGCAGCAGCAGCAGAAACGGCAACAGCAGCAAGUGAGCGCGCCACGGACGUCUAUGCAGCCGAUAGAGGCUCCUCUCCAGCAGCCUCAGCAGACGCAAAGCCAGGGGCAGCAGUUGCUGCAGCUGCUGCAGCGCCUGCUGCUAACACUCAAUAGACAAAAUGCAAGCAGCAGCAGCACACCUGACUCUGCUGCUACUCCUAACCUGCAACCCCCCAUCAGCGACGCAGCUCCGCCGCCAGCAGCACCAGCUGCAGCAAGAACAGCAACAGACGUAGCAGCAACCACAGCUGCACUCAGAUCGAAUGUGCAGAAGCUGGUGUAUGUGCUGGUUGCCAAGCUAUGUCAGCAGCAGCACGCUAAGCAUUUGCUGCAGCGGAUGAGCAGCGACCCCUCACAGCAGCUGCAGCAGCAGCAGCGACACCUGUUCCUGCCGCAGCAGGAAGACCUGCAGCAGCUGCAGCAGCAGGGGCGUUGGAAGGCAGUCCAAGACGCCCAAACGCUCGCUGAGAACGGUAUUCAAGGCGUCCGGCUGUCGCAGAUAUCAGAGGAGUGGAGAAAGCUGUACGGCUGCGACAUAGAGGGCCCCCUGGCUCAUACAGGCUGUGCAGACAUACGGCAACUGGUUUCUUCUGUCCCCGGGCUGUUCGUUGUAGGCCAAGGAGAUGAUGCGUUUUGUCUCGUUUCUCUUCCCGCCAACGAACAGGCGAGGCAGGAUUAUUAA